CUCUUUUUUAAUUUUUUAUUCCCUUAAAUUUUUAUAAUUUCAAUUAUAAAAAUAACAGGUUUAAAUUUAGGAAAAGUGUAAAUAAAAAAAAAAGUUUAAAAAUAUAACAAAAUACGCGCAUUUUUUACUAACGGCACCACAUUCAUUCAUUCAUACAAUACAAUACACAAAUACACACCAUAAAAAAUUUUACAUUACAGUCAAUGGGACGUAAAAAGAUCAAGAUUCAGCCCAUUAAAGACGACCGCAAUAGACAGGUCACUUUUCUUAAACGCAAGUAUGGUUUAAUGAAGAAAGCAUAUGAAUUAAGUGUGUUAUGUGAUUGUGAAAUUGCAUUAAUCAUCUUUAACAACAAUGGCAAACUUGUACAAUAUGCUAGUACAGAUAUUGAUAAGAUACUCAUGAAAUAUACUGAAUAUAAUGAACCACACGAGAGCAAAUCAAAUCAAGAUUUUAUAAGCAAUCUAGAGCAAGAUGAAUCAGUAAGAGACGAUGAAGAUGAUGAUAUGGAUGAUGAUGAACAACCUAAAAAGACAAUGCCUACUGUCACUGUUCCUACUCAGGCAAAUCAUAAAACAUAUCAAUCUCCUCAACCGCAACCACAGCAACCACAACAACAACAACAACCAUCUGUUCCUAACCAAUUGUAUUAUCCUCCUCAACAAAUGCGUUAUGGACAACAUCAAAUGUCUCAAGCCUAUGAACUGUAUACUAUUCCUUCUCAACAAUCAAAUCCCACUACCCCUCAACCUAUGUAUAUGAUUAAUGGUGUAGCUACUCAUGGAGCACAGACUGUUCCUCCUUAUGGCUUUGUAUCUCAUCAACAUCAACAUCAACAUCAACAUCAACAACAACAACAACAACAACAGUAUCAAUCUCAUCUAUCUCAAGCUUAUUCUCCGCGUAUCCCUGCAGCUCAUAGUAGACAAGCAUCCAUGCAGUACCCCAUGAACAAUAUGCCCUCACAUAAUAUAGCUGCACCUACCAGCCCUGCCAUGUCUACACACAGUACCAUAAGCGCUACCAGCAAAAAGCCGCCCAAGUUGCGUGUGCAGAUACCAGAAGUAAUAGAGAACCAAUCACCCGGCCAACUUACGGCUGUUACAAAACAUAAGCAUCAAUUAUCCGUUUCUUCAGUCUCCUCUACAGGCACAAAGGAUGAAGCAAUAGAUGUGUCCUCACAACAAACAAAUGAAAUCACACCACCGCAGCAGCAGCAGCAGCAGCAGCAGCAACAACAACAACAACAACAGCAGCAGCAGCAGCAACCGUAUUACCGUCCUACAGAGCCAGGCCCACCUUCUGCUCUACCUUCUCAGUUUGCACAGAAUCUGCCUUCACCUUCAACAUUAUAUCCUGUAUUUUAUCAGCAAAACGAACUACCAAGUCCACUCAAUUUUACAGCGACACCUGUUACUGCUCAGCAGAAUGGAGGAAACAAUGUCUUUCACUGGCCAGUUCCUCAACAACGAGAUUAUAGACCUUCACCUCUAAAUCCUGAAAGUGAAUCAAAUACUAAUAAGAGAAUGCAUAAAGAGCAACAAGAACAAGAAAACAAAAGACUAAAGUCAUAAAAAAAAUACAUAUAUAUAAAAAACAGCUCAGUUCAUUUGAAACUGAUACGCACACAAAUGUAUAGUAGCGGUAGCCAGUAGUAGUAGUAGUAGUAGUAG